AUGAUCGAUCAACGCGGCUUUGGCAGCACCGAACAAUCGUUUGGAAACAAAGUUAAUUUGCACGAAAAUCGGCUUACACGGAGUGCCCGGAACGUCCAAUUGCGCACUGGCUUGGCUAUUUUGCGUUCGCAGCCCGAGCACGUCCGCUCGCCAACGCACGUCCAGCUCACGCAGCGCGGCAACAGCUUCGAGCUCGCCACCUAUUUGGCGUGCCUCCUGCUGGGACUCGGCUGCAAUGCGUACGUCGCGAGCGGAUACGCCUCUCGCGAGCAGAGCCUCUGCGAUCAGACGCGACGGACCUGCCCCUAUCUCGAGGCGGCCGACGAGGCUAAGGCGGCGGCGCCGCAGCCGACCGACUGCAAGUACAGGCCCAAGUCGCCGCCGAACUUCGAGAGCCGGUUUUUGGCGGCGUUGGACGAGAAGAUAUCGCGGGAACGACAGCGGGAGCGGCAAGAUUACGAGGAGAUGAGGCGGCGGAUGAUCACUGAGGCGGAGAGACCGGCCGCCGAUCCCUACUUCGGGCGUCGAGUUCACGCCUGGAUCGUUCUGCUGCCCGGUGGACAAGCUCCGGCUGGCUCGGAAAUAGUCGAGCCCUUGUUCGUGGAGCCGAGCACGGGGACGUUCUGCCCGUCGAGCUCCUUCGAGAGCCACAACGCGUACCUGGGCCUCGAAAGUCUGUGGAACGACCGCAACUACUGGGUCAACGUGCAGGACUGCACCGAGGCCUGCGCGAAGCUCAAGUGGGAUCUGCGCGAUCUGCAGUGCUGGGAGCAUCUGCUUGCCGGCGAACCGAAGGAGACGAUCGACGUCAAGGCGGACGACGACGACGACGACGGUGGCGGAGACGGCGGCGAGGACGGCGGCGACGACGACGAGCACGCUGCUCAAACGAAAAUCCGUCGAUAUUUUCACAUGGUCAUGCCGGCCUCCUACGUCGAGCCCCUGCAACUUUCGCACGAGGCCUACGAGCGCCGCUACCCAGGAGGCCAGAAAGUCGUGCAUUACAAAAAAACGAAAGUCCAGCUGCACGCCCCUUACGCUCGGCAGGACGGUCUGGUACGGUCCGUCGUCGCGUACGACGAUUACGACUAUAAAACGCCGCUUCGCGUUUACGAGAAGUUCGAGAACCGAUGCGAUUGCUUGGAGCGCUCGGAGAAGGAUUUGAGCCGAGAGACAGCUACCGAAUACUUUGCUGCAGGCCGUCCCGACGCUUGUCAAGCUCAUCGGUACUGCACGCACGGCAGAGAUGCCGUGGACGACGAGAGGACCUUGGAGUUUUAUAAGAGAAAGAGGCUCGACGAAUUGGUUCGCAUAGAGAUGGGCCGCGCGUUCGCGUCUCUCGAUUACGGGAAUCGCGACGAUGGGCUGGUGAAUCGAUUUGUGGAAUACUCGACGCCCAACGAGAACAACCCAGAGGAGGAUGUGCAUUACCGCACGAUUACCAAAAUAACGGAUAAGUUUCGCAGAAACGAGCUCGUGGACGCGAAAAUGGAUGUCGCGCUUCGCGAAUUCGAUUUUGUGGAACACGAGAUACGUCUCACUUACCACUACAGCGACGACGAGUACACGCAAGCCAUCAAACGAUUUGCGAAGCCAGCCAGAGCGGAGAGGAGCAAUAAAAAUCCCACCUUGCCAGAAAUGUUACAGAACUACCAGCCGGAUCCCAUGGGUCCCGCGGAAGAGCUGGAUAAGUUGACCGAUGAAUUGGAAAUGCACUUGAACGAAGAAGACGCGUCAAUCACCGACGCUCGACACGCCGAAUCGGUAGUUCACGAAUUUUUGCAACUCAGAUUAGACGAGCGUCUGAAAUCAGCUCUGCAAAUAUCGCGCUUUGACCCGAUCAGAAAUCAAGAGAACAAGGAAAAAAUUCUAUUGGAGGAGGAAAAGAGAAAAGAGCAGAGUAAGAAGGAAAUAGAGGCCGAAAUUGAUUUGCUAAGUCCUUACAUCUCCCAGCUUGGUAACGUUAAAUAUUUAACGAAAAAGCAAGCGCUACAGGUCAGAAGUAACUGUCUCGACGACUUCAAGGAAAGCUCGAUAAUGAAAGCCGAGCGAAUAAUGCGAGAGUUUGAGAAAUGCAAUCGCGAGCUGGAGAACAUGCAGUCAAUGAUGAUUGAUUCGGAGAAUGUAAAAAAAGAUCAAAAAGAGCAAAUUUUGAAAGAUGUCAAGGAAAUGGAGGCGAAACUGCGAUCUUUGGAUCUGUAUUUGAACCGCCACAAAGAGCUUGUUCAAUCUCGAUAUCGCAAGCUCGUCAAGGUUUUGCAACAAGAUCAACAACUUGCUAUCCUUUACAACGAGUAA